UUAACGCAUCUAACGGUCACCCAUCGAUCUUGCUUUGCUCCUCCGCAUCUCUUCGUGAAGUCUUCUCCUCUCAUCCGCAAGAAACCGGACGGACUAGACUCCAGUCUCCCUCACUUGGCUCUGCCGUUGAGGAGCAGCCAUGGCAGACCACCACCACCGCCACCAUCACAGGCCUCACCGUCUCUCUGUCCCCCCACGCGUCGCCACGCCCACCUCCGUCGCCACCACCUCCCGGCCUUACCCGGUCUACCCAUCUUACCCUCCUUCAACCCCCACACCUACCCCCUCUAAGCAUCGCCUCUCUUCUCUCUCUUCCCUCUCUCACGCUCACAGAGCCUCCAACAAAGGCUCUCUCUCCUUCCUCUUCCUCCUCCUCUUCUCUCUCCGCUCCCUCUACUCUCUCCUCCCUUUCCUCCGCUCCUCCCCAUCCUUCUCUUUUUUCCCUUUCUCUUUCCUCGUCUCUCUCCUCUCUUUCUUCCUCACCCUUGCUUUCUCUCUCUUCGCAUCGCCUUCUUCCUCAAAAGAUCCUUUCCAACAACAGAAGCAGAAAAAUCAGCCCAUUUUCUCUCUUUCAUUGAUCACUCAAUCUCAGCGCAGACUCCUUGUUGCCAAAUCCCUCCUUCUCGCCGUCGUCUUCCUCCUCCGAUUCCAAGCCCUCCGGUACUGCGGCGCCGCGGCGCUGAUUUUGGCAGAAUUGUCAGGGAAUGUGGCUGCGCGAUUCGUCGCUGAGGGCCGCAAGAGCAAUUUUGGCAAUCGGGAUCGAAAUGGAUUGUGUAAAUUUCGUGGAUUUAUUGCUCUUUUUAUUGGAUUGCUUUUUCUUUCUUUUAGUUGGGAUCGUAUUGAAUGUUUUCCAAUGUCUGCAUCAAAUAUUGGUAAAGGGGGAUUAUCCUUGUUUCCGAAAGAGAAUUGUUUGAGGGUUUGGCCAAUGUUGCUUCCAUUUCUGUCUGGAUUUUUGGGAUGUUAUGAGCGUGUUUCGAUGAAUUGGGGAACCAUUAGGCAAUUGGGUGGGCAGCGGGUUCGGUUGAUCUCUCUGUUUUUUACAACAGUUGUGCUUUUCAUUCCUGCUGUUAUGAGUAUUCUAAUGUUGGACGCAGAGGGAGAUGGUAUUUCUUUUGCGAACUUAGGUUGGCCUUUGGCCAAUACUGUUGUGUUUGGAGUGCUGCUGAGUGAAAAUUAUAGUGAUGAGAAGUUAGUGAGUUCUAAAGAUUUUCAGAAAGAGUUUCUUGUCACCUUUCUGUGUACUCUUGUCUUGGAGCUGUUUUAUUUUCCUGAGCUCUCACUCUGGGGAUUACUGCUUUGUGGUCUCUUGCUUUGGAUUGCUGUUAGGGAAUUGGAUCCUGUUAAUUCAAGUUAUAUUGAGCUUGGUUCAGAUUCUUCGGAGCCUAUUGCUACCUCACUAAUGAAGCCUAUUCGCCAUAUUUUGAGUGAGAGGAAGUCUCGCAAAAUUGCACUUUUCCUUUUAAUCAACACGGGUUACAUGGUUGUGGAAUUUUUUGCUGGGUUCAUGAGCAAUAGUCUUGGAUUGAUAUCAGAUGCAUGUCACAUGUUGUUUGAUUGUGCUGCUCUGGCAAUUGGACUGUAUGCUUCUUAUAUUUCGCGGUUACCUGCAAACAAUCAGUUUAACUAUGGCCGUGGGAGAUUUGAGGUUCUGUCAGGUUAUGUUAAUGCUGUCCUUCUGGUCCUGGUUGGUGCGUUGAUUGUGCUGGAGUCGUUUGAGAGGAUUUUGGACCCGCAAGAGAUUUCAACAAAUAGUCUGUUGACUGUUUCAAUUGGGGGACUUCUAGUGAAUGUGGUGGGUUUGAUCUUCUUCCAUGAAGAGCAUCACCAUGCCCAUGGUGGAUCUGGAUCAUGUUCACAUUCCCACUCCCACCACCAGCACCAUGACCAUCACCAUCAUUCACACGACCAUGGUGGGCAUACCCAUGAAGUCAACAGUGAGCAUCAGGAAUGCAUUUCGGUUUCCCAUGACUGCCAUGAAAAAUCGUGUAUUCAACAUGACAACCUACACAGUGACCAUCAUGAACACCAUGAUUGCAAUCACAGUGACCAUCAUGAACACCAUGACUGCAAUGACCAGAGUCAUUCUAACAUCUUUUCUGAAGAUCAGAAACUUGUUAACACUGAGUGUCGUCAUCAACAUCAUGAUCACCAUGCGGAUGUUCACCAGCAUGGCCAUCAUGGUAAUCAUCAUCAAGCAGACCAUCAUCAUCAUCAUCAUCAUCAUCGUACUGAUCAUCAUCUCUGUGGAAACACCUCUGGGAAUUCAAAAAGUUUGCACUCUCUCGAAGUUCCUACAGGGGGAGAUCCUCUUACACAAGGUGGAGAUUUGCACAACUAUCCUCACAGUUCAGCUUUUAACAUACAUUCUUCUUCAGGGAAUUGCAAUUCCCAGCAUAAGAAAUUAUCGUCUGACAGAAAAUCACCUAAGGAAUCUCAUAAGCGUAAUCAUCAUCACAUUGAUCACAACAUGGAAGGCAUCUUUUUGCAUGUUUUAGCUGAUACGAUGGGGAGUGUUGGAGUUGUUAUAUCAACACUCCUAAUUAAGUACAAGGGGUGGCUUGUCGCUGACCCUGCCUGCUCAAUAUUUAUUUCUGUAUUAAUUGUAUCUUCAGUAAUCCCAUUGCUUAGGAACUCUGCUGAAAUUUUGCUUCAAAGAAUUCCUAGAGUUCAUGAAUUGGAUCUUAAAGAAGCUGUGGAUGAUGUAAUGAAGAUAAAGGGAGUAUGUGGCGUUCAAAAUUUGCAUGUUUGGAGCUUCACAAACACAGAUGUUGUGGGGACGCUCCAUCUUCAUAUCUCAAAGGAGACUGACAAGGCUUCUGCAAAAGCUCAGGCAUCACACAUAUUAAGUGAUGCUGGAAUCAAGGAUUUAACCCUGCAGGUAGAAUGUGUCAGGAGCAAUUAGUGACAAUAUUUUCAAUCUAAAAUGUUUUGAGGAGUUACGCUGGACCUAAAACUUGAGGACUGGAUGUGACUGUCACUUGAAGGUGUUUGAACCCAUGCUGUGAAGCUUGCUAUCUGCGGACAUCUACUGAAAUGUUGGUUUUCUGAUGUAACCUGCUUCCUGCAGCCUGUGGAUCUUCAUCAGAUCAAUUAAGAGUAACGUCAAGAAAAUGGGUAAAAUCAAGCAUGGGCGGGGCAUACUUGUUGAUGCUUUUCAUAGUUCAUCAGUGGGACAAUAUGAAAGAAACACAGGGAGAGAUAUUACAUGGUAUGUUCAACUUUUAUGCACUUAUUAAUUAUCACUGGUUUUUGCCAUCAGAUUCUUGCUUCAUAAGUUACUGGAAGGAAAAAUUUAUGAUCUUACAUUCAUAGCUUAGUUCAUUUCAUUUGGAUCUCGAGUUUUUAUGUGUUGUAAUUAUGUCAUUUCUAGUUUGCUUGUGUAAUAGAAAUGAACAUGGGGUAGGAUGAAAUAUAGAUGAAACUCAAUAACCAAUAUAUAGCACAUGCUAGAAGGAAAACUUUUUGAUAGA